AUGAAGGUCUGGGGCAAAGGAAAAAAACGUCCUACAUCUGCUAUCCUAGGUUCUCCAGCACGAACAUGCUCUCUUGCUUCUGCAACGGCAGCAUCGGGAGCUGUAUCCUCUGCCAUCACCAAUGCCGGUGUAAGCUCCUCCAACGUCCUCGUCGUGCCUGGUGGCUCAAGUGAGACAAUUCAUUCUUCUCGUCCUAGCGGUGCAUUAGGCUCAGAUUCUGACCCAACGGGCCCGUUAACCAAGCGUGCUUGUCUGGAACGGAGUGAAUUCACAGGCGAA